AUGAAGUUCAGUGCUUGCGUAUUCGGUGUUUUGGGAGCUGGAGCUUACGUGCCGGCGGUGGACCGGUUUUAUCCGGAGAGUGCAUGUGUCCCGCCUGAGGGUGGCGUUGUGGGUGACAUAGCAGUGAGUUGUAUCGAGAAAGAGAACAAUGCGGCGAAUGCGUUUACUUUGUUACAUACCAAUGUGACGGAUGCGGCGGCGAACGCGAAGCCUGGUUGCGCUGAUGACGAAAAGCGUGUGUUUGCAUAUGGUCCUUAUGCGAACUACAUGUUGACGGGGGAGGGUGUGAAUGCCACUACGUAUCCACUGGGGCCUUAUAGUGUGUUGGUGGCGAACGUUGAUGUGAACAACCUUGAGAAUAACUCUGCCGAAGAUGAGGAGACUGCACCGUGCGACAUUACUCUGUGGGUCAUCGCCAAGGGGACCGCUUGCCCUGACGCGAAGGACACUGCUAACCAAUACAAAUACUCUACGCUGAAGGAUGUGGACGAUGGUGAGAAGGACACUGAGACCUGGCAGUACAGCAUUAUGGACGGCCCACUUGUCGCGGCCAAUGGUGACGCCUGGUUCUGGUACGCGGACAUCACCAAAUGCGUCAGCUCAGCAAGCGUUCGCCCCAACGUCUACUUCAGACAAGCCAUCGUCGGGACGGCUGGAGCGGGAAACCAGAGUGGCGCGACCGCCGCAUUCGUUACAGCACCCCUUCUCGCGACUGCAGCCCUGGCCGCGCUCUACCUCUGA